AUGAUGGGGUAUGUACGUUUGAUCUUCUUAUCUACCUUCCUCUCCAUUUCCAUGACAUCUGAGACAUUUGAUGCAAUGGAAGGUGAGGCUUUAGUUAUAAAAUGUCCCCAGAGGAGUUCAUCUGUGAAAAUCACCUGGUAUCACAUGGAUAAUAACAAAAUUAUUCCUGCAGAAGAAGAGGGAUCACGAGUAUUUUCCUUGGGACGAUUUCUUUGGUUUCUGCCAACUUCUAGAGAGGAUUCUGGAAACUACACAUGUGUAACACAUCUAUCAAAUAAUCGCACAAAGAUGUUCAACACGAGUGUGCAGGUGCAUCCAUACAAGCAAGGAACAUGUUUCCCAAGUCAGAUUCGUUACCCAAAUGACACUGGAAGAGGAAAAGUUGUUUGUCCUACCAUUGAUAAUUAUAAGAAUGCUACUGUCAUCCAGUGGUAUAAGGACUGCAAACCUCUUCAGGGUCAGAGAUACUUGAAGGAAGAAAAGUAUAUUUAUAUUGAGAACCCAGGAAGGGAGGACGAUGGUUAUUAUACUUGUCGAUUUAUUUACACUCAUAAAGGAAAAGUGUUUAAUGUAUCAGCAACAAGGAUAUUCAUCAGCCAGGCAAAACCCUCACCUCUAGCUCCUCAAAUUUUAUUCCCGAAGAAUAAAGAGGUAAUAGAAGUGGAGCUUGGUGCUGCUUUGUCUCUGAAAUGUCAGGCUCGCCUGGGGAUUAAGAAACAACCAGUGGCUGUUGUCACAUGGGAUGUGGAUAACAUCCCAGUGAAAUACUUUAAUUUUCCAAGAUUUCAUGAAGAAACUACUUUUUUUGAAGGACGUGAGCACGUAUACUACAGAGAGACCACUUUGCAUAUUACUGAAGUAAAACAGGAGGAUCUCCAGUCCAAUUUCACAUGUAUAGCAUUGAACAUCAUGCACAACACAAGGGUCACGGUGACGUUACAACCCAAAGCGCAACGUGAUGUAGUGCUUCCUAAUGUCCUCCUGAUCACAGGAUCUCUGGUUCUGCUAGUUGCAAUAGCAGUCUCAGUUAUAUUUUAUCAGUUCUUCCGAGUUGAUAUUGUCCUGUUGUACCGGGAGAUAUUUCGGCCCUACUCAGUCAAGGAUGAUGGGAAGAUAUAUGAUGCAUAUGUUAUCUAUCCCAAAAACCACACCAAUGAAGCUAAUUUUGUGGAAUAUUUUGUUUACCAAAUCAUGCCAGAUAUUCUAGAAAAUAAAUGUGGAUACAAAUUGUGUAUUUAUGGGCGAGAUAUAUACCCUGGAGAAGAUACAGCCAGUGCCAUUGAGAAGAGGAUUCAGAAGAGCAGAAGGCUGAUCAUCCUUCUGACCCACCAGCUGAUCAACUGCAAAGAACAUGCUUAUGAUCAACACAUUGCUUUAUACAAUACCCUCAUUCAAAACGACACAAAGGUGAUCCUGCUGGAAAUGGAGACCCUUGGCACUUAUGAGAAGCUUCAGGAAUCUCUCAGGUUUAUUAUUCAGCAACAAGGUACCAUCAAAUGGAAAGAGCAGCACACUGUGCACCCACAGUCAUCCAAUUCUAAGUUCUGGAAACAGGUGAGGUACCAUAUGCCAAGGACACUCAAGUCUUCCUACUCAGCCAACACCAGGUGA